UGCUGCCCUCUGCCGGAGAGAAGCGGUGCUGCAGCUGUUAUUCAGGAAGCCUCUGAGUGGUGACUGCGCACUGACCUGUCCGGCAUGUUCCGGGUAUUCCCCGCAGUGCUGGGGUGAUGAGGCUCCCGGUGACCAGACGCGCACAGACUCCUAUAUAGAUGCCGUCCAUUGAACCAUUUUGCCGUUACACGCCGCGUUUCUUUCUGACUGUGGAUGCUGUGACACCCAGGGAUACUGUAAUGACCAGCAACUGUCUUCCCAGCAGCGCAAUUCUACAGAUCGAGGAAGAGUUGGACAGCGAGGAGCGAGAGGUUAUAUCGUUCGCUUACAGGGAGAUCGCACUGAACACCAAUACGCGGGAUCUGCUAAGCGAAUUGAAUGAAACGACGGAGCAUGGAUUAGCUGAAGUGCUGUACCUGGUGAAAAGGUUUGAUCUUCUCAAAAGAUACCUAAAGAAAUCAAGAACCGAUGUCGAAAAAUUGAUGUCAACACAAAGCAGAAGAAUUCCGGAAUACAGAAGUCUCUUCAUAGACCUGAAUGACCAGCUGGAGGAAGAAGACUUGGAAUCCUUGGUGUUUUUGUUAAAAAAUGAAUUAAAGAAUGCAGGAAAGCUGAAGAAAAAGACUUUCCUGUCACUGGUAACAGAACUUGAAAAGAAUCGCUCAAUAACGCCGGAAAACUUGGAUCUGUUAGAGAAAAGCCUUGAACUCAUUCACCGGGUCGACCUGAAAAACAGAGUUCUCAAAUUUAAACAGAAAGUUCAUCGUGGUCCUUACAUUAAUGCAUUUGCAGAAUCUGCCACAAUUCCUUGGACAAUUAACCAGAACUCUUCCUGCAUGGGUCCGCGCUUUGAAACCAAUGGCCAUAUCGGUGCGGCACCGGUACAGGAAACAGGAUGCGUCGUACAGGGUGAAAUCAGUAAUGAGAGAUACCUGGUGAGGCAGGAGUCGAUGGGCUUCUGCCUGAUCAUCGACUGUGUGGGAAAUGAUGCAGAGAUGCUCGAGCACACGUUCCUAGCUCUAAACUUCAUUGUUAAUCUCCACAAGCAUAAGAAGGUGGCUGAGGUGGAGACCAUCCUGCGGGAGGCGGCCGCGAUGGAACAGCACAGACACCAUGACGUUUUCGUCUGCAUAGUGAUCAGCUGCGGGAACGCCGACUCUCUCUUCUGCGUGGACGGUGGCUCACAGGGUCUCUCUCUGGACAGAAUUAAGAAUCUUUUCACGGGACAGUCUUGUCCAAACCUGAUCGGAAAACCAAAACUUUUCUUUAUCCAAAACUACUUUGCUAGUGAUGUUGAGGAAGGCAGAAAUCUGGUGGAAGUAGAUGGACUUAGUCAAGGCACACCACGCCCAGAGAGGACUCAGAGGGGCGUAAGAAUACCCAAUGAAGCAGACAUUUUUUGGAGUCACUGUAAAGUGGAUGAGAUGGAGCUUCGGAGGUCUUCAGGGUCCCCUUCUUUGUACCUGAGGUCCCUUGUGGACUUACUGAGUAACAAGCAGAAAAGGAAACACCAGGACAUACAAGAUAUCCAUACAGAGCUUAAUCGCAUCAUCUACAGUAAGAGAAGGGGGUACUCCCUGCAGCUGCGGCACACGCUCACAAAGAAGCUCUUUCUCCAUCCAGCUGCGAAUUAGAAACAUGAAUUAAUUCUAAAAAAUGUCUAUUAAUAAUCAAAACUUAUUCCUAGUGUAUUUAUUUAAAAUAUUUAUUUAUACCAUAACUAAUAAAAAAUAACCAACGCAUUGUAAUUUA